AUGGCUCUUCUCGGAUGGAUUGGAGAGUAUGGCUUCCAACUAUUUGUUUCAGAAGGCAGUCCAUCAGUAUUUUUGGCUGAAAAUCGCUGUGGACGUUUUGAAUCCUCAUUCGGGCCUGUACGAGUUGAGAAGUCUAACUCAAUCUGGCUACAAAGCAUGGAAGGGGCAGUGCUGGGUUUGUGGAAUUCACAUGGCGAAGGAAGAUUCACUUAUCGCUCCCCAGUCGUGCUAGAUUCGCUGCGCAACUCUGGUCAGAUCGCUGUUCGUUACGUUAAUAGCGAUGGCCAACCUACCAUGCAAUAUCCAUGGAAUCCAAAUGGUUCCGAAGACGCGGUAGCUGCGAUUUCCAGUGAAGAUGGACGUCAUCUGGCUAUGAUGCCUCAUUCGGACAGAUCAUUCCUCUCAUGGCAAUGGCCGGACUAUCCCAGGGAUUGGAACGCCGAGAAUAGCGCAGCUCCAUGGUUGAAAAUGUUCCAGAAUGCAUAUUCAUGGAUUCAAGAAAAUUAA